AUGGUUCAAUUGAUCUUAUCUUUCACCGGCUUUUCACGUCUCCCAUCCAACACAGCAAUCACUGGAAAGGACGCCUUCACCGGCCGCACCGCGCUGCACCUUGCAUGUAUUAACGGCAAUGAUCAAGUCCUAAGACUCCUCCUCCUCAGUAGUGGCGCCUCGGCCGGAGGCCAAGCGCAAAUGAUGGACAAUUCGGGAAUGACACCAAUCGAUUAUGCUGUGAAGUAUAAGCACAGGGAACUUAUUCGCCGAAUUGUCUUGAGUACCAGAGGUAGUUUUCAUAACGGGGACCCACGCAGCCGCACAGUGCUUAUGAUCGCUGCAGCGCAUUGUUUUAAUAGUCUCGCGGAGGAGCAACUUGAAAAAUCUCUAGAUGACCCCGAAGGACAAGACUCGACACUAAUGACACCGCUGCAUUAUGCAGCGGCCGGAAGUAACGCAGCUGUUACGAAAAUGCUGUUAAAGAUGGGAGUCUUCGUUGACCCGGUGGAUCAUACUGGACGGACGCCACUCCAUAUUGCGGCACGCAUAGGGAACGCAAAGAUUUUGCGACAGUUGUUAGCGUGUGGUGCGGGGAAGAAUGCGAGAGAUAAAUAUGGGAUGACACCGUUGCAUUUGGCUUGCAGGGGUGGAUCUGUAAAGAUCGUGGCGAUGUUGUUGCGGGCAGGCUCAGAGAAGUAUAUCAACGUGGUAGACAAAUUUAAGAGGACGCCGCUGCAUAUCUGUGCGAGGCACAGGAGUAGUAACGCAGCAUGUGAGUUGUUGGUGAAGAAAGGAGCGGAUUUGACAGCACUAGAUGUCAAUGGAAAGUUACCGAACUGGCCGGUGGUGAAAAAGGAUAAAUGA